GUGUGUCUGGGAACCUACAGAGACUUAAGAGGCCUGCUCGCCUCAGCCAUGCAGUCAUCCUCAAAGGGUCUGCUCACCCAAGUUACUCAGGUCUGGAACCUGCUAGAUCAUCUGGCUGAAAGUAACCCCGAGAGCUAUCAGAAGUUCAUUCAGCAGCAGCUGGCCCAGGGCAGCCAACUCCAUGCUGACCCAGAACCACAGCUCUGUCUACAAACCAGGAUCCUGAAACCAAAAGAAAAAGUACUUUUUAUCAAUCUGUGUCAGUGGAAAAGGAUCCCAGCUCCCCAGUCAACCAGUCAUCCAGUACCUUUAAGUGUUGGGAGACCAGAAGAUAUAUCCAAGGCAUCCAUUGUUUAUACAGUUAUCGAUGUUGCCUACAAUCCUGAUGUUCUCCAGGCGGCAGGAAAGGACCAAGGGAAAAAGGAUCAGUUAGUACGAAUGGUCAUGAAAUACAUUGAGGAACAACUUCAAUAUACUCUCUCAUACUCUUGCCGUAUUACCAAAUUUAGAAUAAAAGGAAGUAUUCAAAGAAUGAAACAAAAUCUGAUGGGAAUCCAAGCUGAUGCCACAGAUUUGAGAGGGAAAAUGAGAAAGGAACUAACCCUUGAACAGAUAAGAAGCAGUACUGUGAGCAAUCCUCAUCUCCCAUAACUUUUACUACCAAAAGAUCAAGUUUCAAGCAAAGCAGUGUGUCUGAUAGAAGAGAUCUCUGGCAAAGAAAUCCAGGUGGAGAUGAAGAAACCAGCUCAUGAACUAAAAAUUGUGGUGGAUCAGAAUGAGAAGCCUCUGAAAAUUGAAUUAGCAGUUGAAUUACCUGGUGUUAAUUCAAUAUCUCUCUGUGACCAUAAUGCUUCUGAGGAUGAUUUAUUGAUUGAGGUCUCUGAGAAAUACAGAUUACAUCUGAAUCUUCCAGAAUCUGUGGAUACUGAAAUGAUGACAGCAAAAUUUAUCAAAGAGAAAACUACAUUAAUUGUCACAAUGCUGUUGGCAUGAAUUAAACACACAUUGACUGGGUUUUCAGUGCUGAAGUCACAUGAAUUACAGGACCA